AGGUCGUCAAGGUAGCCGGCGGGUCAGUCCGUGGCAGGUUAGACAACAGAGCCGAGUGCGAUGAUGGCGAUGACGCUGCGACUGAUGUGUGUGGUGCUGCUGGCGCGGGCCGCCCUGGCAGCGCCCUCCAAUAUGAACAAGGACGAUCCUUGCUUCAACUACAAAGAGGCGCCACCUAAGGAGGUGAAAGAAACCAUGGAUAGCGUCAGUGGGCAGCAUAAACCAGCUGAUCGUUUUCAGACUGGGUGCAAAUCUGAAAUCGCAUGGCACCGCCCGCAGUCGGCCACCUCCCGCCAGGAGGAGGAGCUGAUGCAGAAGAGCAGCCGCGCGCUGAACAGCACCACCGACCCGCUGGAGAAGCUGCGCCUGCUGUGUCUGAGCCGCGGCGCCUCGGGCAUCAUGGGGUUGGGCAGAAUUUUCCGCCGCAUGGACGAUGAUGGCAGCAAGCAGCUGAACAUGGAGGAGUUCUACGCGGGGAUCAAGGACACCGGCCUCGACCUCAGCCACGAGGACACAGAGACGUUGUUCAAGCAGUUUGACUCUGACAACAGCGGCUCUAUUAGUGUGGACGAAUUUAUUAGGCACAUUCGUCCACCGAUGUCGGAGUCCCGGCGCGCGAUCGUGGAGCAGGCGUUCAAGAAGCUGGACAAGACGGGCGACGGCGUCAUCACCAUCGACGACAUCCGCGGCGUCUACUCGCUCAACGCGCAUCCCAGAUACAUGAGUGGUGAAGAGACCGGAGAUGUGAUUAUGAACAAAUUCCUCGCCAACUUUGAGGUGGAGGGAACUGUUGACGGAAAGGUAACUCUGGAAGAGUUCAUGAACUACUACAGCGGAAUCAGCGUGUCGAUCGAUAACGACUGCUACUUCGAUCUGAUGAUGCGGCAGGCCUACAAGUUGUAGACUCCUUGCCGCAGACUCCUUUGUACCGACCUCUUUGCUCCACCACCGCGAGAUAUAAAACCUACUUUCUCGACAUGCACGCAAGGGGAAACUUCUUGCACAAAGCUUUUAUUGUUUCUAUUCUCAACAAAUACCUAAUACUGAUGUUAAUUUGCAAUUUAUAAUUUAAUGUGUAAUUUAGGUGUGUUAUUCAAUAAAUUAACGAUUUUUGUUAUUUGAAGUAA